CUUGAAAGUGAGAGUAGAGAGAGAAAGAGGGGUCACUACCAAGGCAAAUGUCUAGUAGCUUCAGGGGUGCGUAGGAUAAGCAGAGUGACUGAGUGUGUGGUCUUUUUCUGGGUUCUGCUCAACUCUCAUGGCGAAGGAUAGUCGAAGAGUGUAGUUGGGGUUGGGAAGAGAGAAAAAAAAAAGCCUUCUGUUUUUUGCUUUUGGAGUUCGUCUUUUUCAGCUUUUGAAAAUGGCAGCUGCGCACGGUAACAGGAGCAGGAUGAGAAUAGGGUUUAGGGGAGUUCUUCUGUUCAUCUUCUUCUUCCUGGAUCUGGCCUCGCUAUCUUGCGCCGCUAGGCAGCCACCAGCUUCUCGGCAGAAGCUUCGAGUUCAUAAACACUUGAAACGCCUCAAUAAACCCCCUGUCAAAACCAUUCAGAGCCCAGAUGGGGAUACCAUUGAUUGUGUACACAUCUCUCACCAGCCAGCUUUUGAUCACCCAUUCCUCAAAGACCAUAAAAUCCAGACGAGGCCUAACUACCAUCCAGAAGGGCUUUAUGAUGAGAACAAGAUGAACACAGAGUCCAAACAAAGAGUAGACAAUAUCCACCAGUUGUGGCACGUGAAUGGCAUGUGCCCUGAAGAUACUAUACCCAUAAGGAGAACAAAAGAAGAUGAUGUUUUGAGAGCAAGCUCUGUCAAAAGAUAUGGGAAGAAGAAGCAUAAAAGCAUCCCUGUGCCUAGGAACAUCCCUAAGUCUGCAGAUCCUGAUCUUGACAAUGAAAGUGGUCAUCAGCAUGCAAUAGCUUAUGUGGAGGGUGACCGAUACUAUGGAGCAAAAGCAACCAUGAAUGUCUGGGAACCGAAAAUACAGCUAUCAAACGAGUUCAGCUUGUCGCAGAUUUGGAUUCUAGGUGGCUCUUUUGGCCAAGAUCUUAACAGCAUCGAAGCAGGAUGGCAGGUCAGUCCAGAUCUUUAUGGAGAUAACAACACUAGACUCUUCACUUAUUGGACUAGUGAUGCAUAUCAAGCUACUGGUUGUUACAAUUUACUGUGCUCAGGCUUUAUUCAGAUCAACAAUAACAUAGCCAUGGGUGCAAGCAUAUCCCCUGUUUCUGCAUUUAGGAAUUCACAAUAUGACAUCAGUAUUCUUGUAUGGAAGGACCAAAAGGAAGGGAAUUGGUGGAUGCAAUUCGGGAACGGGUAUGUGUUGGGAUACUGGCCAUCGUUCUUGUUCUCAUACUUGGCCGACAGUGCUUCGAUGAUCGAAUGGGGCGGCGAGGUGGUGAACUCCGAGCCCGAUGGACACCACACGUCCACACAAAUGGGUAGCGGACGGUUCCCAGAAGAAGGGUUUGGGAAAUCAAGUUAUUUCAGGAACAUUCAAGUUGUUGACAAGGAAAACAAUCUGAAAGCUCCUAGAGAUCUUGGCACAUUCACUGAACAAUCCAAUUGUUAUGAUGUUCAAACUGGAAGCAAUAGUGAUUGGGGGCACUACUUUUACUAUGGAGGCCCUGGUAAAAACCCAAAUUGCCCUUGACCCUGAUCAGAUCAGGAUCUCCUUCUGUUAUAUAAUUUUCUAAUUUUUUUUUUAAUCUUUGCUUGUUGGAUCCAUCUUUUAGGGUUCUUUAGUAAGAAGUUUUGGGGGGUUCUUUUCUUCUGUUUCUAUGUAUUUUUUUUGUGGGGUUUGAAGGGAAAGUGGCAAAGUUUCUCAAAAGUGUGAAAGAAACAGCCUCUUGUAAGUUUCUAUUUGUUGAAUUUGCUCAUCUUGGGCAGUUUGUAACUCAAAUGGAUGAAUUGGGUUUAGCUAUUAGUUACACAAACAGAAGUAGAGGGGGUGGAAAUGCAAUUCUUGAAAGAUGAAGGGGCAUUUCGAUCUAAUUCUCAAAGGUUGUACCUUUAUGCUGUC